AUGAACAGCAGCACUGCAGAAAAUAUCAGGCUGGUGAGCGGAUCAGGUCGCUGCGAUGGCAGAGUGGAGAUCUCCAUUAAUGACCAGUGGGGAACAGUGUGUGAUGAUUCCUGGGACAUUAAUGAUGCGGAUGUGGUGUGCAGACAGAUGGGAUGUGGCCAAGCCAUCAGUGCCCCCAUCAGUGCCAGCUUUGGUCUAGGAAGUGGAACAAUAUAUCUGGAUGAUGUUGGUUGUUCUGGAAGUGAAACCACACUCACAAGUUGCUCAAAUAGAGGGAUUGGAGUACAUGACUGUGGUCCUAAGGAAGACGCCGGUGUUGUCUGCUCAGAAAAUGUCAGGCUGGUGAGCGGAUCAGGUCGCUGUGAUGGCAGAGUGGAGAUCUCCAUUAAUGACCAGUGGGGAACAGUGUGUGAUGAUCUCUGGGACAUUAAUGAUGGAGACGUGGUGUGCAGACAGAUGGGAUGUGGUCGAGCCGUCAGCACCCCUCAAAGUUCCAGAUUUGGUCCAGGAAGUGGAUCAAUAUUUCUGGAUGACGUUGUCUGUUCUGGAAGUGAAAGAUCUCUCACAAAAUGCUCUCAUAGAGGACUAGGAGUAAACAACUGUGAUCAUUCCAAAGAUGCUGGAGUUGUCUGCUCAUGUAAGAUCUGCUGUGCAGGAUUCCACCUCAUGCACACCUGCUCUCCUCAGGCUGGGGUGAGAGCUGCAGACACCAACAGAAAUUGUGGGCAAACCCCUCAGACAUACCAGCAGUUCCUAUGGGACCAGAGUAUGCACGGAGGCUCUAGGACCAAAUGGAGUCAGCUCAUGGGUUUGCUCAAGCUUCAGAAAGCAGGCACAAGACAGAAAAGGAACUAUGACCUUAGGGCCAAAGGAAAGGACCUUAGGGCCAGGGACUUGAUGUGUCUCAAGCUCUAG